AUGGCAACCCAAGGUGUGUCUUUUGUGUAGCCAUCAAGUUACUGAUGGCUGAUUGUGAUUAUUUCAACUCUGAUCUUGCUGGGUGUGGGCAUAAAUUCUCAAGACUUGGCAAAUAGCAGCUCUAUGUGUCCAGGGAAUUAAGGCUGCAUGGAGUUGGCCUGUUCUGGUGGUUUCACUGUAUUCUGAUUUUAGGUUUACUUUGAACAGAAAGUGAUAGAGUUGCAGGCUUCUGAGUGGGCUUGACACGACUCCAAAAUCCCAGUCUUUUCUCCCUGCCCAACAGACAUUUAGUUAGCCUGUACUUACAGGAAGAACAAUAUUGUUACAGGAAGAACAAUAAUGUUAAUCAAAUUUCAGGGUUUUUUUGUUUCUAGAAUUUAAUGUGUUUGUAAAACAAAAAUAAUGAAUGGCAAGAAGAGAUCAGUAAAUAUUUGAAUGCUUAUGGAUCAUGGCCAGUAGGCGUCAGAUGGAAAACUUGAAUUGUGGGGCUGCAGAUAAAAGCUCAGAUGAAGGAGUAUGAAAGUGUGAGCUUGAAGGGCUUGUUGAAACAAAAAGGUUUCCACAAUAGUGGCGAAACAAACAGCAAGGAAGGGGUAAUGUGGAAUUCUCUUAAACGGGAUUUCCUCGACUAAGGCUCUUGUCUCCUAACCAAUCACUCUUCUGGUGUGUGAUAUAAAGAAGAGCCUCUCCAGCAGAUCUUAAAUGGGGUGACCAUUAUAAACGCGUAGUGUAGAUAACUUGUAUUUGUCCGAAUCCAGGAUUACAAAUAACGUGUAAUGUUGAAGCAAACUCAUUGUUAACCAUCUCUUGCAGCUGACUUGAUGGAGUUGGACAUGGCGAUGGAGCCAGAUAGAAAAGCAGCUGUCAGCCACUGGCAGCAACAAUCAUACCUGGAUUCUGGUAUCCACUCUGGUGCCACAACAACGGCUCCCUCUCUGAGUGGCAAGGGAAACCCUGAAGAGGAAGAUGUUGAUACCACCCAAGUUCUAUAUGAGUGGGAACAGGGAUUCUCUCAGUCCUUCACUCAGGAACAGGUUGCUGGUAAGUACAGUCUUAUUACCUAAAUAACUGCCUACCUCCUUGUCAGUCAAGUUGCUAAAAAAAAUGCUUGCUCCUGUUCCAGAUAUUGAUGGACAGUAUGCUAUGACGAGAGCACAGAGGGUGCGUGCCGCCAUGUUCCCAGAAACAUUGGACGAAGGCAUGCAGAUCCCAUCAACACAGUUUGAUGCUGCUCACCCAACAAAUGUGCAACGCCUGGCUGAACCAUCCCAGAUGUUAAAACAUGCUGUGGUUAACUUGAUAAACUACCAAGAUGAUGCAGAACUUGCAACUCGGGCCAUCCCAGAACUGACCAAACUCUUGAACGAUGAGGACCAGGUAAUGUGCAUGUAAUUAUUGGCAUGUAAGUAAGGAGUCUUUUUCCGUGAGCCCCACAAGGGACACUUGAGUUGGGCUGUGCUGUUUCACAUUGGAAUUGUGCCUCCAGCGUUCAUAGUUUUCCUGUGUUUAAAGUGUUUUAGUGAUCUUACCAUACCUUGAAAAGUUCAUGAACAUCAAAACAAGUAACACUUUCAAAUGCCUUCUGUAGGUGGUGGUGAACAAGGCUGCAGUUAUGGUUCAUCAGUUGUCCAAAAAGGAAGCCUCCCGCCAUGCUAUAAUGCGCUCUCCUCAAAUGGUUUCUGCCAUUGUGCGUACUAUGCAGAAUACAAAUGAUGUGGAAACAGCCCGUUGUACUGCGGGUACACUACACAACCUCUCUCAUCACCGUGAAGGCUUGCUGGCAAUCUUCAAAUCAGGAGGGAUUCCUGCUCUUGUUAAGAUGCUGGGGUAUGUAGAUCGUUGACAUGACACACCUUUCCAACAUCUGUCAGCCUUGGACUGGAAGUUUGCUAACCUAAACUUUCUUCAUAGUUCUCCCGUGGAUUCUGUGCUCUUCUACGCCAUUACUACUCUGCAUAAUCUUCUCUUGCAUCAAGAAGGCGCCAAAAUGGCUGUUCGUCUAGCUGGUGGUUUGCAGAAAAUGGUUGCCUUGCUCAACAAGACAAAUGUUAAGUUUUUGGCCAUCACAACAGACUGCCUGCAGAUUCUUGCAUAUGGCAACCAAGAAAGCAAGGUAACGAUCAAAGCAUUUUAAAGUGUUUUGAGUAUGCAAAGAACAAAUAGUACUGUAUUUACUCAAAUGUAACACGUACCUUUUUUUUGGCCAAAUCACGAUGCAAAAAUUAGGGUGCGCAUUAGAUUUGCGUAAAUGUGGUAGUCUGGCAGCUCAGAAACACAAGCAGUAAACAGAGGAAAAAACACCUUCCAUAGUUCUUUUAGUGAUCAAGAAUCCAAUAUGUCUGUGCAGGCAGGGAAUGGCACAAAUGUCAAAAGAGCCCACAUGGCAUAGUGGUUAGUGUUGGGCUGGCGAAACCCAGUCUCAAAUUGCCACAGCCAUCCAAAGCCCACUUGGUGACUUGCUGCAUCUUCCAAGGGUCUUCUUUGUGGGGCACCCAGAAGGUCUUACUGUUAGAUGUUCUUCUUCCGUAUUUCUUUAAUUUUAGCUGCCCCUAUCCAUGGAUUUUUAAAUUAAAUUUAUUGCAAAGUUGGUUGUCUCUCACCCUGGUAUCUAUAUAGAUGAAAGGCAGGUUAUAAAUAUUUUAAAUAAAUAGUUAUUAGGAGUAGAGGUAGGAUACAAAUGAAAUGAGUAAUUACUGCUUUGUUUUUUAUUUUAUUUUUAAACUUUUUGCAGCUUAUCAUUCUGGCCAGUGGUGGGCCCCAGGCUCUAGUAAACAUAAUGAGGACCUACACCUAUGAGAAACUACUGUGGACCACAAGUAGAGUGCUAAAGGUGCUGUCAGUCUGCUCUAGUAACAAACCGGCAAUUGUAGAGGCUGGUAAGUAUCUCUUUUAUGGCAACACUAUCACAUUUUGUGUUGCCUCUGUGCCAAAGCUUAUGGAUAUGGGAGGUGUUUCAAAUCAAUUGGAAUGCUUCGUGUUUAGACAAUUAUUGCUAGAUAGUACUUUUAACUAAAGUGCCACAUAGAAGUCAAACAAAAGUUAGAUGAUGCCAUGCCACUUUAAAAUGGGUUUCAUUUCCCAACUACUGUAUAAUUAUAGAGAUCUCAUGACUUUCUAAACUGGUGGAUGGGUUAAUGUGUCUGAAUCCUGAAGAGGUAAUAAAAUCAGAAGUACACUGUGAUUCUGGCCACACGUGUGUGUGUGUGUGUGUGUGUGUGUGUGUGAGAGAGAGAGAGAGAGAGAGAGAAUGUGUCCUCAUUCAGUGGCUUAAAGCUUAGCUCUGAAAUGAAACAUGGUUGUCAGAAGAGUUAGAUGGUUUAAAAGUGAGGAAAAUUCAGAACAGCAAUCGGGCACAUGUGUGGUACUUUGAAGUGAAAGACUGAAUGUCCCAUGUAAAGACUUGAGGUUGGAAGAAGGAUACAUGAUGAUGUGGAACCUAAUAUACCUAACUGUUCUUUAGGUGGGAUGCAGGCUUUGGGACUCCACCUUACAGAUCCAAGCCAGCGGCUUGUUCAGAAUUGUCUCUGGACUCUUAGAAAUCUUUCGGAUGCUGCAACUAAGCAGGUAAGGAACAAGAACUUAAAAGGUUAUCAUAAACGCCAAAGCUAUAAAGUGUUCCCAAGUGUCAAGCUAGGUUGAUAAAAGUCACCAUGAAUAAACUGAGGAGCAUGCAUGAGCCUGAACCGUGCAUGCUCCUUGCAGUAAACCAUGGGUUGCAUGUUGCCUGGCCCCUGAAUUACAGAGCCAUGAGACUAGUAUUGAAGCAUAGGGAUGCUAUGCUGAUUAACACAAGAUAGAGGUAUAUUGCAACAACCAUUUGUUAGUGGGGGCAUGGAAGAGAUGAUCUAAGAAAUAAUGAUGUUGUGUCCAGGUGAGGAAUUCUUAUGACAGACUGAAAUGAGUGAGGAAUUUGAGGUGCCUGCCUGGCUUCCUCAUUUUUACAGUGUUCUUAUUUAAAAUUAUAUGCUGUCCUUUAAUGAAGCAUAUUCCAGGCUAGUGUAAAUUAAAUUCUGCCUAUGGAUAUGCAAAUACUUCCCCAAGAUUGUUUUAAAUCAAAUGUGGGAAAAAUAUAGAAACAGAUGAAGAGAGAUGCUUUCUAAUGAUUGCACUGCUGGUUCAGCUAAUGCUCUUGCCUCAUCCCAUAUUUUGGGUGAGCUGUUCAUGUUUCUGUUUUUCAAAGUGCCAGUUCUACGUGUUAAACUCUUAAGGGUUCACUUAUUCCCCCCUCAAUUUUAGCCUUGGAGAGGGUUAGUUACAUGCUAAUGAGAAUGUGGUAGGUGGAGCUGUGCUUUUCAUCUGUACCCUUAGUUGGAGAACAAAUCGUCAUUGGGAAGAACGCUAGUCACCUCUGGGGAAUCCUUUCACAUUUAGUUGAGGGCUCGAUCAAAAGGGCCUUUUUAAGGCUUCCCAUUGUAUAAGCAGAUGCUACAGGAGGAAGAAAGUUUCUGGUAAUCAGUGUUGCUAGAAUGGAUCUACCUUGGUCCUUUUCAUUGUUGUGUACUUUGCUGAGAAGCCCUGUUAAUCUGCGAUCAGCCAUCCCUUUAAAUUUCCUAUCUGGAUUAAUACAACCCACAGAUAGGAAGGUGAGAUAGUAAAAGUAGCUCUUACAGAAACUUGGCAUUAAUAAACGGCCAGGUACAAAGAAGCUGGUGUUAAUGCAUGCUCUCUUCUUACAGGAAGGUAUGGAGGGUCUACUGGGAACCCUUGUGCAGCUAUUAGGGUCAGACGACAUCAACGUUGUAACCUGUGCAGCUGGUAUCCUGUCUAACCUUACUUGCAACAACUACAAGAAUAAAAUGAUGGUGUGCCAAGUGGGUGGCAUUGAGGCUCUUGUGCGUACAGUUCUCCGGGCUGGUGACAGGGAAGAUAUCACCGAGCCAGCUAUCUGUGCGCUCCGUCACCUCACUAGUCGGCACCAAGAAGCUGAGAUGGCGCAGAAUGCAGUGCGUCUCCAUUAUGGACUUCCAGUGGUGGUCAAACUCCUGCAUCCGCCAUCUCACUGGCCUCUUAUCAAGGUAACAGAAUUCAAAGUAUAAUCCUGUCUUUGGGGGUGGGAGAAGAUGGAGGGAAUCCAAAACAAUAGUUCCAGUUGGACUUUCAAAUGCUGAAGCGAGGUUUUGAGUGCCUUGCAGGAUGUCUUAAACUUUCUAAUGGCCUUCCUUGUAAUUUCAGGCUACCGUUGGUCUGAUCCGCAAUCUUGCUCUCUGUCCAGCAAAUCAUGCUCCAUUGCGUGAACAAGGUGCUAUUCCAAGACUAGUCCAGCUGCUGGUUAGAGCACAUCAAGACACCCAACGCCGUACGUCAAUGGGUGGCACACAGCAACAGUUUGUGGUAUGUGACUCUUAAUGAAGAAUGACAGAAAUAAGUGCAGCAGGAUCUCCUUUGUCUAACCAAAAGCUUCAAAUAAUGCAACUACUUGUCUUGCUUUUCCUGCUAUUGUGUUAAAAUACUGUAGGCGGCUUACUGCAGAGGCUGAUUCUGUAAUGGCAGACAGGAAGAACUUACUGGUAGACGUCUGUAAGUGUUCACUAAACUUAUUGCCGUACCUGCUAUUCAGGGACACAUUAUUCCACUAUAAAGGUGGUUUUAACUCUUUUAUCUCUGCACUUGCAAAACUUGACUGCUCACUGAACAAACACUACAAAUAUGCCAAUGCAGACUAGGUAUCAAAGGCAUGUUUGAUUUGUCAGGAUUUCUGUAACUAAUACCUGUGUAGUAAUUAAUCUCCCCCCAUAAUGUUUCUUGUGCAGGAGGGUGUUCGUAUGGAAGAAAUAGUUGAAGGUUGCACUGGAGCCCUUCAUAUCCUGGCUAGAGAUGUCCACAAUCGAAUUGUAAUUAGGGGUCUAAACACCAUUCCACUAUUUGUGCAGGUAGGUAAAGUUUCUGAGCAAGAAAAUACUUGGAAGAGUUGUGAUCUUAUGGAAGGGUGUGGGAAACAAUUUUUAGAAACUGCCCAGUUAUUUUCUAGCUGCAGCCUUAUCUGAGCACAGUAUUGGCAGAGUUUUAGUCAAUACACCAUAUAUUUGCAUAGAAAUAAAGAAUUUGGCAUUGUGUGCAGAAUUUGGCUUCCUGAGACCUUUUUUUUAAAAGUUGAAAAUGUGACUGUAUGGUGCCCAAGAAUCUCUAAAACUAAGGAGGGUCUUACUACAUUCAUGUAGUAAUGUGCCCACUGCCCAGAAAAACAGGGGCUGGAUAUUUACCUUUGCUCACUUUCAGGACCAUCAGACUCGCUGUAAUUUUCCAGAAAAAAUACUGUAUUUUUUGCUCUAGAAGACUCACUUUUUCCCUCCUAAAAAGUAAGGGGAAAUGUGUGUGCGUCUUAUGGAGCGAAUGCAGGCUGCGCAGCUAUCCCAGAAGCCAGAACAGCAAGAGGGAUUGCUGUUUUCACUACGUAGCAAUCCCUCUUGCUGUUCUGGCUUCUGAGAUUCAGAAAAUUUUUGUUGUUGUUUUCCUCCUCCAAAAACUAGGUACGUCUUGUGGUCUGGUGCGUCUUAUAGAGCGAAAAAUAUGGUAAAUAACGGAAGGCAUCUGGUCCACUUAGUUGAGGUGUCAGCGGCCUUGGAACCCAGCUUGUACCAGACAUCACACGUGCACUGAAUUCAUGAUCUCAUCCUCAUUAGUGAAAGUUGAAUUUCUCACCAGAAAGUAGUUUGACUACCUAGAGGCCUGCAGGAACCAAACUUUGGUCAAGGCCUAAGGAAGGGAGGUUUUUCUUGACAAUGCUUGUAGUUUGUGCUCAAACAACAUACCUUAUAAUGUCUGUCCCGCUUGAUGUUUUCCUUCUAGCUGUUGUAUUCCCCUAUCGAGAACAUCCAGAGAGUGGCUGCAGGUGUACUGUGUGAAUUGGCUCAGGACAAAGAAGCAGCGGAGGCAAUUGAAGCAGAGGGAGCUACAGCACCACUGACGGAACUUCUUCAUUCUAGGAAUGAGGGUGUGGGUAAGUGGAGGAAGAGAGAAUUGGGCUUGGUGGUAUUUGGAUUCCUCUGCUAAAACUCCCUUCUCCUUGAACAGCGACAUACGCAGCUGCAGUGUUGUUUAGGAUGUCCGAAGAUAAACCACAAGAUUAUAAGAAACGGCUUUCGGUUGAACUGACGAGCUCCCUCUUCAGGACUGAACCAAUGGCUUGGAAUGAGGUCAGUUAAACAGCUAGAUACACAGCUAACAGUAUUCCUUGAAUCAUGGAGUUGAAAGGGACCCCAAGGGUCAUCUAGUUCAACCCCUGCAGUGCAAGAAUCCUGUCCCUGGGUGGGCUCGAACCACCAACCUCCUGGUUAACAGCCAGACACGCUGACCCAUUGCACCAUAUGCCAGCAAACAAUAACAUUAAGCUUGGACUUUUGUAGUGGGUUUCAGAGCAGUUUUCAGAUAAAAGCAAUUAGUUGUGUUCCUAAAACUGUUCUGUGGUGUGAGUGAGCCUUUGGAUUCCUAAAUGCUGUUCGGUGUUGCUAGGUCACUAAUGGAUGCGGGUGUCACUGUGGGUUAAACCACAGAGCCCUAGGGCUUGCCGAUCAGAAGGUCGGCGGUUCGAAUCCCCACGACGGGGUGAACUCCCGUUGCUCGGUCCCUGCUCCUGCCAACCUUAGCAGUUCAAAAGCACACAGUGCAAGUAGAUCAAUAGGUACCGCUCCGGCGAGAAGGUAAACAGCGAUUCCAUGCGCUGCUCUGGUUUCGCCAGAAGCAGCUUAGUCAUGCUGGCCACAUGACCUGGAAGCUGUACGCUGGCUCCCUCAGUCAGUAAAGCAAGAUGAGCGCCGCAACCCCAGAGUCGGCCACGACUGGACCUAAUGGUCAGGGGUCGCUUUACCUUUUUAAUGGCAAAUUAACGAAAACCAUAUAAUGUUCCUAUUAAACCCUUGAUUGUCGUAUACACUAGAAGAAGUCUCCCAAUAUUAAAGUUUCUAUUAAUGAGACUAUUGCAGAGGACUCAGCCUUGGUAUGGCAACUUGGUCUGCUUCAUAUGUGCUAGCUACAUAGAAAAAUAGCUGGAGCUGACUGUUGUGUACUUAUAACCAAAUCGGUGCAGGCAUAUAUAACAUUAAGUAACUCUUGGAACAAAUUCAUAGAUGAUGGGUGCUUCUGGAAUUAAUUUCCUGCCUCUGCUGAGAGACUUAAUUCUUUGCAUAUUCCCUACAGACUGCAGAUCUGGGACUUGAUAUUGGUGCCCAAGGAGAACCUCUUGGCUAUCGCCCAGAUGGUAUGUAUCAGUUGCAGUAAAACCAAAUAUACUCAGAAUGUCUUUAAUGAAGAACUGCAAGAUGGUAGCAUCUUAACUGAACCUUCGUUAUUUGCGCUGUUCCGUGGAACAAUGCCACUCAAAACACGUGUUGAGCAGCCUCUGUGUGAGAGCACCUCACCAAGUCAUUCUAGAUUAAUUGCCUCAUAUUCAAAUGCUACGAAAGUUCUCUGAUGCAAAGCAUUUUUGUAUAUAAAAACAUCUGUUUUGUGGGCAGGUAAAAGCAAGCUAUAAGCGUUUCUAGUUAAAGUCUGCAUUUCAGUUGUGUGCAUUGUAAUAGUAUUGCUGUUCUGGGUUUUCAGCAGUAUGCAGACUAAUGGCUUGGCUGGAACUUGCUUCUGCUUCUGAUAGUAGCAUGCUAAUGACUUGCCAUUUUGUCCAUACAACUUCCGGGCUAGAAAAUGUGACUUCAGUGUGGCUGGGUUAUGGAAUCUCACCCACUGAUGUUUGGAGCUUCUGGUGCGCCUAACAUGUUAACAUGCUUUUCCCCCCCUUCUCCCCUCUGCCAUCCUUAACUUUCUUAGAUCCUAGCUACCGUUCUUUCCACUCUGGAGGAUACGGUCAGGAUGCCUUGGGUAUGGACCCAAUGAUGGAACAUGACAUGGGGGGCCACCACCCUGGUGCUGACUACCCAGUUGAUGGGCUGCCAGAUCUAGGACAUGCCCAGGACCUUAUGGAUGGGCUGCCUCCAGGUGACAGUAAUCAGUUGGCCUGGUUCGAUACUGACCUGUAA